ACUGGAUAGUUGCUUCCCGGAGGAGCUCUUGAGAGCGCACACCCCGGGGCAAGAUUGCGGUCGAACCUCGGCCGCUGCCCCGGGUCUGGCAGAGCUUGAGAGUAUUAGGCUGAGGCGGCGGUAGCAGCGGCCCCGACCCCGAGCGCGGGGGCCUCGAGCGGGCCUUUAUAAACGGACUAAUGCUGGGUGAAAAAGAUUUGUUAUUAUGGUUGUUGAUGCCAAGGAAAGACGCCGGGCCUCAGGAGUCACCCAAACCCGAGUUCGAAUCCUGUUCGCUCACUCUGUGACCUUGGGUGAAUAAAGAAACUGAGGCCUAAAGAGGAUAAGUAACUUGGCCAAAUGAAGUAGACUCAGAACCGAAAACCAAGGGCUGCUUUGUCUAACCCAAGGCCUUUUCUGUUACGUAAGCCUUUGCUUUGAUUCACCAUGGCAUUUGGUAGAAAAAGACAGGAUCUUCUGAAGUGAGAAGCUGCCCUCAGCUGUGAGUCCUGUGCAAGAUCACUAAUGAUUACCUGGUAUUUCUGGAUCAUAGGCAGGUCCUCAGGGCUUGUGCAUGUUUGCAAACAUGUUCACUGCUUCUCAGACCUCGAGAGCAUGGUUCAUUGACAGAGCCCGUCAGGCUCGAGAGGAAAGGCUUGUGCAGAAGGAGCGGGAGAGGGCGGCCGUUGAGAUUCAGGCCCAUGUACGGAGUUUUCUCUGUCGGAGUCGACUACACAGAGAAAUCAGGAGAGAGAUCGAUGAGUUUUUUAGAACAGAUGACUCUGGGCCCAGUAAAAGAAGCGCACUUUGUAUUUUCAAGGUUGCCAGGAAACUGCUAUUCUUGUUCAGAAUUAAAGAGGAUAAUGAGAGAUUUGAGAAGUUGUGUCGCUGCAUCCUGAGCAGCAUGGAUGCUGAGAAUGAACCCAAGGUGUGGUAUGUGUCCUUGGCUCUGUCCAAGGAUCUCACUCUCCUGUGGAUUAAACAAAUCAAAGACAUUCUGUGGCACUGCUGUGAGUUUCUUGAGCAGCUCAAGCCUGAAAUUCUACAAGACUCCAGACUUGUCACACUGUACCUCACGAUGCUUGUCACCUUCACGGACACUUCGACAUGGAAAAUUCACCGGGGAAAAGGUGAGAGUCUUCGACCAGCCAUGAACCACAUUUGUGCAAACAUAAUGGGACAUCUCAACCAGCAUGGAUUUUAUUCUGUGCUGCAGGUAUUGUUAAACCGUGGCCUGGCAAGACCCCGGCCUUGUCUGUCCAAAGGCACUUUAACUGCAGCCUUUUCUCUAGCAUUGCGACCUGUGAUUGCUGCACAGUUUUCAGACAAUCUGAUUCGUCCAUUCCUCAUCCACAUCAUGUCUGUGCCUGCUCUUGUGACCCAUCUCACUAUCGUGACCCCUGAGCGUCUCACUGUUUUAGAAUCUCAUGACAUGCUUCGUAAAUUCAUCACAUUUUUAAGAGAUGAAGCUCGAUGCCGUGACGUUUGUGAAAGUUUAGAAGGAUGCCAUACGCUUUGUCUGAUGGGCAACCUUCUGCACUUGGGCUCCCUCCGCCCUAGCAUGUUGGAGGAGGAGACGGACGGGUUUGUGGGUUUGCUCACCCAGAUGCUGGGCUACUGUCAGAAGUAUGUGUCCCAGAAGAAAUCCAACCUGACGCACUGGCACCCUGUCCUUGGCUGGUUCUCCCAACCCGUGGACUACGGCCUUAAUGAGUCAAUGCCCUUGGUCACCAGACAGCUGCAGUUCCUCUGGGGGGUGCCUCUGAUCCGAAUCUUCUUCAGUGACAUCCUGAGCAAGAAGCUGCUAGAGAACCAGGAGCCAGCCCCCGUGCAGCCGGCACCCCCGCAGAACGUGCUUCCCAUGAAGAAUCUCCUAAAGCGUGCGUUUCAGAAGUCUGCAUCAGUUCGGAAUAUACUCAGGCCUGUUGGGGGUAAACGUGUUGACUCUGCAGAGGUGCAGAAAGUUUGCAACAUCUGUGUCCUCUACCAGACCUCGCUGACAACUCUAACCCAGAUCCGGCUGCAGAUACUCACAGGUCUCACUUACCUUGAUGACCUGCUGCCCAAACUGUGGGCAUUUAUCUGUGAGCUGGGGCCCCACGGAGGGUUAAAGCUCUUCUUGGAAUGCCUCAACAAUGACACUGAAGAGUCCAAGCAGCUCUUGGCCAUGCUGAUGCUGUUCUGUGACUGUUCCCGGCAUCUCAUCACGAUUCUUGAUGACAUUGAAGUUUAUGAAGAACAAAUUUCAUUCAAACUGGAAGAGCUGGUCACCAUCUCCUCUUUUCUGAAUUCCUUUGUGUUUAAGAUGAUCUGGGAUGGAAUUGUAGAGAAUGCCAAGGGCGAGACCUUGGAGCUGUUCCAGUCCGUCCAUGGGUGGCUGAUGGUGCUGUAUGAGCGGGACUGCCGGCGGCGCUUCGCCCCCGAGGACCACUGGCUGCGAAAGGAUCUCAAACCUAGUGUGCUCUUCCAAGAACUCGACAAGGACAGGAAACGGGCACAGCUGAUCCUGCAGUACCUCCCUCAUGUCAUUCCUCACAAAAACAGAGUUCUCCUGUUCCGAAACAUGGUUACCAAGGAGAAGGAGAAACUGGGGCUUGUGGAAACCAGCUCGGCCUCCCCUCACGUCACUCACAUUACUAUCCGACGGUCUCGGAUGUUGGAGGAUGGCUAUGAGCAGCUUCGGCAGCUCUCCCAGCACGCCAUGAAGGGCGUGAUCCGUGUGAAGUUUGUCAAUGACCUCGGGGUGGACGAGGCCGGGAUUGAUCAAGAUGGUGUUUUCAAGGAGUUCUUGGAAGAGAUCAUCAAGAGGGUGUUCGACCCAGCACUCAACCUGUUCAAGACAACCAGUGGGGACGAGAGACUCUACCCUUCGCCCACAUCCUACAUUCAUGAGAAUUACCUGCAGCUCUUUGAGUUUGUGGGCAAGAUGCUGGGGAAGGCUGUGUAUGAGGGAAUUGUGGUAGAUGUGCCUUUUGCAUCCUUCUUCCUGAGCCAGCUGCUUGGGCACCACCACAGUAUCUUCUACAGCUCUGUGGACGAACUUCCUUCCCUGGACUCUGAGUUCUAUAAAAACCUCACCUCCAUUAAGCGCUAUGAUGGGGACAUUGCUGACCUGGGCCUGACGCUGUCAUAUGACGAGGACGUCAUGGGUCAGCUUGUCUGCCAUGAACUGAUUCCUGGAGGGAAGACCAUUCCUGUUACGAAUGAAAAUAAAAUUAGCUACAUCCAUCUGAUGGCACAUUUUCGAAUGCACACUCAAAUCAAAAACCAGACAGCUGCCCUCAUUAGUGGAUUCCGCUCCAUUAUUAAGCCUGAGUGGACCCGGAUGUUCUCAACCCCUGAGCUACAGAGACUCAUCUCCGGUGACAAUGCUGAGAUUGAUCUAGAAGAUUUAAAGAAGCACACAGUGUACUACGGUGGUUUUCAUGGAAGUCACAGGGUCAUUAUCUGGCUCUGGGAUAUUCUGGCCUCCGACUUCACACCUGACGAGAGAGCUAUGUUUCUGAAGUUUGUGACCAGCUGCUCCAGGCCCCCUCUCCUGGGAUUCGCCUACCUCAAGCCUCCUUUCUCCAUCCGCUGUGUCGAAGUGUCAGACGAUCAGGACACUGGGGACACCCUGGGCAGUGUCCUCCGGGGCUUCUUCACCAUCCGCAAGCGGGAGCCAGGUGGCCGUCUGCCCACCUCCUCCACCUGCUUCAACCUGCUCAAGCUGCCCAACUACAGCAAGAAGAGCGUCCUCCGGGAGAAGCUGCGCUACGCCAUCAGCAUGAACACGGGCUUCGAGCUCUCCUAGCUCCCGCUACAGUGCACCCACCCGCACAGACUCCUGGGCUACCAGGGACCUUCAGCUUCGGGAAGCAGCCUUCCCCUGGGAGUGUGACCCACAGACCCAGUGAUGUCAGCCCCCAGACCUCUCUAUAGCCAUGAGACUCCCCUGCAGCCUCAAGAACUUUAGACACACAUGACGACUCUACAGAGCGUUCUCCAGGUGACACUAGUGGAAAGGGAAUGUAGAAAAUAAACCUCCAGAUUCUGCCAGCAUCAGUCCUUCUUCCUCCUUUGCAGUGGCUGGAAGCCCAGACCUGUGAUUGCAGAGGGGCUGGUCUUUUUGAUGGAUGGGUCUGUGAGUCUUUUUCUUUCCUUAACUUUCUGCGUGAGCUGUUCAUGAACAAGGCCCAGGAACUCCAAGGGUCCAGAGUAGUUUUUGUGAUGUGGGCCUGAGUGCACGAAGCCUCCUACACAUGAGUCAUUCUCCUUCCGUUUCUGAAAACUCUACUCAGGUCAGGCCUUGCCAAGCCUCUAUGCACCCGACAAAGCUCUGCCUCCGUCCCAUCGCAGUGGCCUCGCUGCAGACAGCAGGCUCGCCUGUGCCCCAGGGAGGCAGAGGUGCCUGCUUGCAGGAAGUUUAAAGCACCGCCCCACCUCAAAGCCACGCAUUCCGCACUCAAUCACCCCACCGACCCCUCACUCUCGCAGCGAAUGCUCUGAGGCCUCCGCGGGCCAGGCUGCCAGGGGGCCUCCACUGGCUCGUUCCCAUCUUGUGCAUUCACGUUGGCAUCCUGGGUUUGGGAGAAAAAGCAGAAGGCACUGGCUGUCACCCAAAGCUCACUGAUUCCCACAGGGGCAGCUGCCUCUCCCCUGCUUGUCUGCCUGCUUGUUAUCUAGUAAGGAACAAACACUAGCUGAAGGUACCUAGGCCCAGGGCAUGCGGGCAGUGGCUCUACUCCGUAGGUGUAAACUUCCAGGAGACUUGGGUCUCGCCUCCUGUCAGGGAACCUGGAGCCCUUUACACCAAAGGAGGCUCGCAAGGCUGAGGAAACCCAUGCACCCUCUGGGUUGGGUUUUUUUGUUGCUGUUUUUUACUCUGUUUUCUCCUCAAUCCAUUGUGCUCCUCUGCCCUCAUUCUUCACCUUUAUCAUGAGAACUUAACUUCAGAUCCAGGGAACUGAGGCCGAGGCCAGUUGGUGGUCUGUGCUGACAGUCAUCCACCCUCACCUGCCUUGUCAUUCUCCUUGUGCGUCUCCAUCACUGAGAGUGAAGCUAGAAUAAAAGCCAGGAGGGCCAGGUCCCCACCUGUUCUGCGGAGCCGGCUGAGGGCUUGCAGCUCUCUUCCAAGCAGCCAGACACCUUCCAGCAAGAAACUUCAUGUUAGCAGCAAAGUGGGCAAGACCUGUCUUCCAUCGCCUCCAUAAGGGGACCUCAGCAGGGUUCCAGGGUGCAGGCCUGGCUGCGUUAGAGUCCCUGGCUUCUGGAGAACAGAGUGCGUGUUUUACUUUGAUGGAAGAAGAUGACACGGAAUCUAAAGACAAACAGGAAUUUACUUACAUUAUUUAAUAUUUGUUAGUACCUCUGAUUCUAUGGAUUUGCCACUUUUUGUGAAACACUCAAUUCCUUUGAUGAUAUCUUCUGAACAUGUGUGUGUACAUUGAGCAGGUUUGUACAUUUAUGCAGGGGCCAAGUAAUUGUCAACCUGCACAAAGAAGUUUGAUCCCAUCUCGGUUUUUAUUACCUGAGAAUCAGCCAGUGGGGGAAUGGGGAGAGAGUAGUUUCUAAACACCAACAUCAACUUAGUUUUCUUGACGAGGAGGGGUAGUUUGUAAUUUCAUUUAAGUUCUUCUCUUCAACAGCUGGAAAUAUUGCACUAUCUAAAAACACUGAACCUGUACUUUUAUAGCUGGUGUUCAUUCACACCUCGAUGGCUCUUGAUGGCUCUAAAACGCUGUGGGCUUUUUUGUUUCAUAGAUAACUUAUAGAUCAAAGGCUUUAUUAAAUUUGUACUUCAGCA